AUGGCUCCAAUUGAUGUCGGAGAUUUUGUACCUGACGGAAGUAUCUCUUUCUUCGAUGACGAUGAUCAACUUCAGACUGUCUCCGUUCACUCUCUCGCCGCCGGUAAGAAAGUCAUACUCUUUGGUGUCCCCGGUGCUUUCCCUCCUACAUGCAGCAUGAACCAUGUGAAUGGAUUCAUUGAGAAAGCAGAGGAGCUCAAAUCAAAUGGUGUUGAUGAGAUCAUUUGCUUAAGUGGGGAUGACCCAUUUAUGAUUACGGCAUGCUCUGAGAACAAGCAUGUUAAGUUUGUAGAAGAUGGGUCAGGAGAAUACAUACAACUUUUGGGACUUGAGCUUGAAGUCAAAGACAAGGGUCUUGGUGUUAGGUCAAGGGGAUUUGCUCUGUUACUUGAUAACCUCAAGGUGAUUGUAGUCAAUGUUGGAUCUGGUGGUGAUUGUUCCUUGUUUCAACUUAUGAAGAUGACGACGACGACGAUGUCAAAUCUUCCAACGGAUUUGUUAGAGGAAAUUAUCUCUAGAGUUCCUCGGAAAUAUAUGAGAGCAGUGCGAUUAACUUGCAAAAGGUGGAACGGUAUGUUCAAAAGCCAGAGCUUUACGAAGAUGCACAUUGGCAAAGAAGAAGCAGCAACAAGGGAACUAAGGCAGACUCGGAUGAUAGUGAUGAUGGAUUACAAUGUUUAUUUAAUGGGCAUUGCAGUCAAUGAAAUUCCAUCCAUAGAGACUCUAGGUAAACUUACUUGCCUAGACGAUUCAGAACAGGUCAAGAUAUCUCAAGUCUUUUGUUGUGAGGGUUUAUUGUUAUGCAUCUUGAAAGAUGAUGAUACUAAGAUUGUGGUUUGGAAUCCGUAUUUGGGGCAAACAAGGUGGAUCCAAACAAGAUUGAUUUGCUGCGUUAGUGGAUGGAAGAAGUACGCUCUCGGAUACGGAAAUAAUAGUGAAAACAGAUCUUGUCGUAGCCCCAAAAUCUUGAGGGUUACAGAUAAUUUCAACAUUUUCAGCGAAAACAUACCUCUCCAGUAUGAAAUCUAUGAUUUUGAUUCUGAUGUAUGGACUACUCUUGAUGUGUCUCCACACUGGUUUAUAAUGUCUGAACGUGGCCUUUCUCUCAAGGGAAACACUUACUGGGGCGCUAAAGAACGGCACGCAUACGGAUCCAUUGAUCAUAUAAUCUGUUUUGAUUUUACAAGAGAGAGAUUUGGACCGCUUCUACCUCUGCCAUUUAGUGCUUGGGGUGCACAGUUUGCGUCACUAUCUUCGGUUAGAGAAGAUAAAAUCACUGCUUUAUUUCAGAAUUGCCGAGCAUAUAAGCUUGAGCUAUGGAUUACGACUAAGAUUGAUGUCAACAAUGCGACGUGGAGCAAAUUCUUCACAAUGGAUACACCAUACCUUCACGAAAUUCUUUCAUUAAAGACUUUCUUCAUUGACGAGGAAAAUAAAAUUGUUGUGGUUUCUAAUAAAGAAAGAGACACUAAAGGCGACCUAACGCACGACAGUAUUGACAUCAUUAAUGGAGAGGCUAGAUGCUUGUGGAAAUUGGGGCUUGGAAAACCGGCAGACAAAAACUGUUGGCCACUUGUGUGCCCUUAUGUUCCAAGUGUAGUGCAAAUCAAGCAACAUAAAGGAGGCAAAACGAAAGAACAGAGCGAUUAUAAAAGGCAUUGA